AGCAUACCGUCUGAUGAAGUGACGGCAAGCUUAUCUGUUUGGGCUGCAACUGCCUUGCAAUAGGGAACUGGAGGUUGAAUCGCUGGCUCGUAGUAGAGGCAGGUGGCACUACGCAGACCCACCUCCACUUGGCAGUCGAACGCACCUUGGUCUUGGUGAAACUUUAUUUUAUUGCCGAUCAGUCUUUAAAUUAAAUCAGUUAAAUAAAUACAUGUCUGCAAUCCUGCUGUUGUAGUAUAUGCCCCGAGAUGGAAAACGCGCACACUAAAUCGGCAUCAGAAGUUUUGGAAAACUUCGGUGUGAACGAAAACACUGGACUGACACUUGAACAAGUCAAAAACAAUUUUGAAAAAUAUGGACCAAACGAGCUGCCUGCAGAGGAAGGAAAGUCCUUGUGGGAGCUGGUGGCGGAGCAGUUUGAAGACCUCCUGGUGAGGAUCCUGCUCCUGGCUGCCUGCGUCUCUUUUGUGCUGGCACUGUUUGAGGAAGGGGAGGAGACCACAACCGCUUUCGUGGAGCCCAUCGUCAUCCUGCUGAUCCUCAUCGCCAACGCAGUGAUUGGAGUAUGGCAGGAGAGGAACGCAGAGAACGCCAUCGAGGCCCUGAAGGAGUACGAGCCCGAGAUGGGGAAGGUGUACCGCAUGAACAGGAAAGCUGUGCAGAGGAUCAAGGCACGGGAUAUCGUGCCCGGGGACAUCGUGGAGGUGGCUGUUGGUGACAAGGUUCCUGCGGAUAUUAGGGUCACAUCCAUAAAAUCCACAACUCUACGGGUGGACCAGUCCAUUCUGACAGGGGAGUCUGUGUCUGUCAUCAAACACACCGACCCCGUUCCUGACCCCAGAGCUGUCAAUCAAGACAAGAAAAACAUGCUAUUUUCAGGCACGAACAUCGCGGCGGGCAAGGCCAUUGGCGUGGUGGUGUGCACCGCCGUCUCCACGGAGAUCGGCAAGAUCCGCAACCAGAUGGCGGGCACCGAGCAGGAGAAGACGCCUCUGCAGCAGAAGCUGGACGAGUUCGGGCAGCAGCUGUCCAAGGUCAUCUCGCUCAUCUGCGUAGCGGUGUGGGUCAUCAACAUCGGCCACUUCAACGACCCCGUCCACGGCGGGUCCUGGGUGCGCGGCGCCAUCUACUACUUCAAAAUCGCCGUGGCGCUGGCCGUGGCUGCCAUCCCCGAGGGCCUGCCCGCCGUCAUCACCACCUGCCUGGCGCUGGGCACGAGACGCAUGGCCAAGAAGAACGCCAUCGUCCGCAGCCUGCCCUCCGUGGAGACACUGGGCUGCACCUCCGUCAUCUGCUCCGACAAGACGGGCACGCUUACCACCAACCAGAUGUCCGUCUGCAGGAUGUUCGUGGUGGACAAGGCGGACGAGUCCAGCUGCUCGAUGCACGAAUUCUCCAUCACUGGAUCCACCUACGCCCCCGAGGGACAAGUUCUUAAGGGGGAUCGGCCCGUAUCGAGUGGGGAUUUUGAUGGCCUGUUGGAGCUGGCCACCAUCUGCGCCAUGUGUAACGACUCCUCCCUGGACUACAAUGAGGCCAAGGGCGUGUAUGAGAAGGUGGGAGAAGCCACAGAGACUGCGCUGACCACCCUGGUGGAGAAAAUGAACGUCUUCAAGUCUGACCUAUCUGGACUGAGCAAGGUGGAACGAGCCAGUGCCUGCAACUCGGUCAUCAAACAGCUGAUGAAGAAGGAGUUCACCCUGGAAUUCUCUCGUGAUCGCAAGUCCAUGUCCGUCUAUUGCACUCCCACAAAGCCAGGCUCCCAGAGCAAAAUGUUUGUCAAGGGCGCCCCUGAGAGUGUCAUUGAGCGCUGCCAAUUCCUGCGUGUGGGCACUUCUAAAAUCCUUCUCACCGCCCCUCUGAGGGACCGGCUCAUGAGCCUGAUCAAGGACUGGGGCACGGGCCGCGACACCCUGCGGUGCCUCGCUCUCGCCACCCGUGACACCCCUCCCAGGAGGGAGGACAUGGACCUGGAGAACGCCUCCAAGUUCUCCGAAUAUGAGACGGACCUGACGUUCGUGGGGUGUGUGGGAAUGCUGGAUCCCCCGAGGAAAGAGGUGAUUGGCUCCAUCAAGCUGUGCGUGGAGGCGGGCAUCCGGGUCAUCAUGAUCACCGGGGACAACAAGGGCACGGCCGUGGCCAUCUGCCGCCGCAUCGGCAUCUUUGGCGAGGACGAGGACGUGGCCGGCAAGGCCUACACGGGCCGCGAGUUCGACGACCUGCCUGUGGAGGCACAGCGCGAGGCGGUCAAACAGGCGCGCUGCUUCGCCCGCGUGGAGCCCGCCCACAAGUCCAAGAUCGUCAGCUACCUGCAGUCCUUCGAUGAGAUCACAGCCAUGACAGGCGAUGGGGUGAAUGAUGCCCCCGCUCUGAAGAAGGCGGAGAUCGGCAUCGCCAUGGGGUCCGGCACCGCCGUGGCCAAGUCGGCCUCGGAGAUGGUCCUCUCCGACGACAACUUCUCCACCAUUGUGGCGGCUGUGGAGGAGGGCCGGGCCAUCUACAACAACAUGAAGCAGUUCAUCCGCUACCUCAUCUCUUCUAAUGUGGGCGAGGUGGUCUGUAUCUUCCUCACUGCCAUCCUUGGUCUGCCGGAGGCACUGAUCCCGGUACAGCUGCUGUGGGUCAACCUGGUGACCGAUGGACUCCCUGCCACCGCUUUGGGCUUCAACCCUCCAGACCUGGACAUCAUGGACAAGCCCCCACGCAACCCCAAGGAGCCCCUCAUCUCUGGCUGGCUGUUCUUCAGAUACCUAGCCAUCGGAGGUUAUGUUGGACUGGGGACUGUGGGAGCAGCUACAUGGUGGUAUCUCUUUGAUGAAGAGGGCCCACAGGUGUCCUUCUACCAACUGAGACACUUCAUGCAGUGUACUGAAGACAAUCCCAUGUUCUCUGGGAUCGACUGUGAGAUCUUCGAGUCACGCUACCCCACCACCAUGGCUCUGUCCGUGCUUGUUACCAUAGAGAUGUUCAACGCGCUAAACAGCUUAUCUGAGAACCAGUCCCUGCUCCGUAUGCCCCCAUGGGUCAACAUCUGGCUGCUGGGAGCCAUCGUCCUCUCCCUCUCUUUACACUUCCUCAUCCUCUACGUGGAGCCCCUGCCGCUGAUCUUCCAAGUCACCCCUCUUCACUGGUCCCAGUGGAUCGUGGUCCUGAAGAUCUCAUUCCCUGUCAUCCUGCUGGACGAAGCCCUCAAGUAUCUUUCCCGCCACCACCUAGAAGCUUAACUCUCUCCUCUUGUCCUCUGUGAUAAGCACAAGAGGAGGAGAGAUACAGGAAGAGAAGGCAGCUGAAAUUUUAAGACUCCCUCUUCCCAUUUCUAAGAGAAAAACCCUUUCCCCCUCAGCCCCAAGUACACCGAAAGUCUUGCAUGUUCAACCACCACUAGAAACGAAACAGGGCUUGCAUGUGUCGGAGAGUAUGUGCGUGUGUGUAUGUGCCCACACAUCCAGGCGUGUGUGUGUGUGUGUGUGUGUGUGUGUAUGCGUGUGUGUGCGUAGGGGAGAGUGGAACGGACUGCGGAAUAUAGUGAUGUGAUUGUUGCUUUUUUGUUCUCCUUGAUUUUGAUUAGUCUCUGUAUAUAUUAGUGCAAUAACUGGACCGGAGAGGGGGGAGUAAGAGUGAGGGGACAUUUGGAAGGGUGCAUCGGUUUUGGAAAGGGGAUACGGAGGUCCAGGGACACCCGGGUGCCGGCUGCGAUGGAGAGGCGUGUUGAGAAGGUUUCCUGGGAUCAAAUCCUGUUGUGGCUCCCACCAUCACCCCCCUCCUUUCCAGCUCUUCAGUGGCCAUCAGUCGGAUCCCUCGUGGACCUAUGGGUGAUCCCGCCCCUGCUCGGAAUAGGUCUGAUUCAUGUGACUGACAAUCCGCUCCUACAGCAAUGGCCUCUGUGUACACCCCACCCCCACCCCCCCUCUCGAGUGGCUGCCCUGUGGACCACUGCUUACAUCACUGUUCAGACCACUCAUCCAGCAUCACUCCCUCGCGCUUUUGUUCUGUCUCUGACUCUCCCUCGCCUCUAAAUCCAUCUUUUAUCCCUCUUUCUCUCCCUCUCUCUUUUCUGUUCACUCUUUCCCUCUUAAUCUUUCUCUCUCGUGUUGUCUCUCCUCACUUCUCCACACUGACUCUCUCAUCCCUUUUUUCUGCCCUCUCUCUUUCCCUCUCCUCUGGGUCUUUCUAUUGUUGUCUCUCACCUCCUCUCCCCACACUUAACUUUCUCUCUCAUCCCUCUUUUGUGCCCUCUCUCUUUCCCUCUCCUCUGGGUCUUUCUAUUGUUGUCUCUCACCUUCUCUCCCCACACUUAACUUUCUCUCCAUCUCUCUUUUCUGCCUUCUCUCUUUCCCUCUCCUGUGGGUCUUUCCCCCUCUUGUUGUCCCCUCUCCUCCCCACACUAAUUUUCUCUAUCUCUUUCACUUCUAGCUCUUUUUUCUUCCUCCCUCGCAGGGGCUGGUCAGAGCACACGCCUCUUCUUGCUCACGCCCUGCUGGCUGGACUUGACCUCUCAGCUCCGCAAUUUUUAUUAGUCGAGCUGAAGGCGGGCGGCGUCCAUUUUGAAUGUGCAAAUAGCUAUAGGCUGCUUACUGCUUUUUUGAUGGCGUUAGACUCCUAUACCAAAACAAAUUUUGAAAAACAGGGUCUAAAAGGAACUGACAUUGUCAGGAUGCUUUUGGUUUCGCAAUAGUUCAAGCUUUUUCAGGCUUCCCUAGAUAAAAUGCAAAAGAAACUUUUUUCUUGAAUGUCUAUGCGGAUGGUUAGUAGAGAAUGAAAAAAAAAAAAAAGCCUUGAAAUUCAGAACCACCUCAUUUUUUUAUCAGACAUUUACCAUUUCAAUCCAUUUCACUAAUCUACUGGGCCCAACCGCAUCAGACAUCAACACACUGCUAAGAACGAUAUUACUGUGCUUUCCAGCCAAUCUCCUGGCACAGUAAUUUGAAAGGGCACUAAAUUUAGCAUUUUUUUUCCAUGUGCAGAAACAACACUAUCCUAGGGAAGAUGCUUGUUUAACUGAAUAAUAAGCUUGAUGUGCUGAUUGGUGUCACAUACUGUAUCAUGGGAAAAUGUUGGGUGCAGAUAACGACAGGGAGUGAAAUCUCUGUUCUGGUGUAAAAUAAUAUUUUUGGAGGCAGCUAUUGGGGAAACUCCUUCAUUUGAUUCCACACUGAUUAGCCCCAACAUUGAAUUCUACAGUGUCUAUUUGGGCCUCACACUGUUAAGAGGAACAAACCAUGUUUCGAUCGCUCCCGUCACCCAUUCUUGACAAACACCACCCCCCCCCCCCCCCCCAAAAAACACACACACACACACACACACACUCACACACACAUACUCACCACUCACCUCCCAUUUCCCUCCGAUGUUCAUUUCAGAUUUGAGAGUUUCGAAGGACUUUUUAGCGCUCUGGCUCGAAACGCCUGACCAUCUUGCUCUUCGUAAGGGACUCCCUUUGCGGAGUUUCCUGUCCUUGGUUUAAGAUGAUCUAGGGUAUUUUUUUAAAGAAAGUAUAUUUGACUGUAUGGACCCAGGAGGUUUCUGUGUUUGUCAAUGUCAUAAUUUUAUAAAUCAUUACGUGCCGCCUUUGUUGGGCUACAUUCCCCGAAACCUGUGCCACUGUGUUAACCUGGAGCAAGCAAUUAGACUGGCUCUCGCUUUCAUCUUGGGUCAUAAUCAUCCAAGUUCAUUCAAAUUCUUAUCUAAGUUUGGCUGUCGUACCGUGGAUGUCAUUACGCACAGUGCAAUUAGAGGGAAAUUAGUAUGUAAUAGAGUUCUCGAUAAGAGAACAAUGAAACAAAUACAUUGUGGAUUUUGCAUUCAUUUGAUUCCCAGUACAUGCUAGGAAAAUAUUUUUGGUUCUGUGGAAGCUAACACAGUGGCAUAAAACGGUAAAACACGCCAGGUUGUCUCUGCCGGGGGUCGUCUUGGCAACUUGGUUGAACGGUAUGUGCCACUCUGAAGCGUGGGAUUGUACAGUCUUGUUAUUUACUACUGAAAUCUUGAACUCUGUACAGAAAAAAAUACAGGAUUGCAUGGAACCUUGUUACUGUAAUUAAUAACCUAUACAGUAUAUUUAAUUUUUUGAUAACUUACUUAAAUGAAAUUUAUUUACCAACAGUGAAAGAACUAAGUGAAACUAUUUUAUUUUUCUUCAAGCACUUGGCAUCUAGGGAUCUCAUUUUGUAGAGUAGAAGGGUUUAUUCAUUGUUAUGGUUUUGUUUUUAUGGUUGCUGGGGAAUUGUGUCUAAUAUUAUAGGGCAAAUUAUAAUGUGUAUAAUGAUUAUAAUGAUAUUAUUAAUAUAGAUACUUUCAAUAAUAGUCAUUUGGUUUGGCAAUGAGAAUGUUUGGUUGAAUUGUGUCUGGUUUACACAGAGUAUAUCCAGCUAUGAAUCCUGGGUAAAGAAGUUUGCACAGUGGAUGGCUUGGUCUGUCUUCAGUCUUCAGCAAUAACCUGGUGUUACCCAAGUCAUCCAAGGCUGGGUGCACUUGUGAUUAUGGUAUGCUUAAUAUUUGUGCUGUAAAAUUUAAUCAGAGGACCCCUUUCCCCCAAUGGAGAUAACAAGCUGUUUUCCCAAGAAUCCCUUCUCCCUUUACCAAUACAACAUCCCACAACGGGUAAAAUCAGGUCAUUUCUGGGGCUGCGAUGUGGCAACUGAUAUACGUAUAAAGGAUUCUCUGUAUUGCCUUGUUAAUAUUAAUUGUGGACACAUAAUUUUAUAUAUAUACAUAUAUGUAUAUGGAAAAAGAUAUUAAAAUAAAGAUUAUUUAUCUUGUUAUUUA